GCCAGGGGUGGGGGACACGCAGGACCUGGUGGACCUGGGCCUCCCACAUCACUGAGGGUCUCACAGACAAAUGACAUGGCCUGGCUUGUGUCUUCGGAGUGUCCCUCUGGCCGCCGGGGGAGUGAGUCCGUGAGGGAGCAGAUCAGGGAGAGGAUGGAUUUGUGGGCACGGAGAGUGUGUGGAAGGGCCGUGUUCCUGUUGGCAGAGGAGUCUGGCUGCUGAGCCAGGGCGUGUCUCCCGGAGGGCUGCCGGGCUGCCGGAUCCCCACCUCGCCGCCAUGGGCCGCCCAGGCUGACCGGCCAGUUCGUGCUGUGGCCUCCUGGCGUCAUCUGCGGAGAACAUGUCCAGGCCCCCUGAGUGCCUGCUGCGGCUGCGCCGGGGAGCCCCGAGGCAGCGCGUCUGCACCCUGUUCAUCAUCAGCUUCAAGUUCACGUUUUUCGUCUCCAUCAUGAUCUACUGGCACAUCGCGGGAGAGCCCAGGGGCCAAAGAGAGUUCUCUAACUUGCCUGCCGACGUCCCCUGCCCCCGACUGGGGCCCCCUACGCUGCUCUCCAGCACCCCGCCUCCGGGCAACAUCUUCUUCCUGGAGACGUCAGACCGGACCAACCCCAACUUCCUAUUCAUGUGCUCGGUGGAGUCGGCCGCCAGGGCCCACCCCGAGUCCCGGGUGGUGGUCCUGAUGAAGGGGCUACCCGGCGGGAACGCCUCCCUGCCCCGGCACCUGGGCCUCUCGCUCCUGGGCUGCUUCCCCAACGUCCACCUGCUCCCGCUGGACCUGGAGGAGCUGUUCCGGGACACGCCGCUGGCGGCCUGGUACGCGGCCCGGCAGCGCCGCUGGGAGCCCUACCUGCUGCCCGUGCUCUCCGACGCCUCCCGGAUCGCGCUCCUGUGGAAGUUCGGCGGCAUCUACCUGGACACGGACUUCAUCGUCCUCAAGAACCUGCAGAACCUGACCAACACGCUGGGCACUCAGUCCCGCUACGUCCUCAACGGUGCCUUCCUGGCCUUCGAGCGCCACCACGAGUUCAUGGCGCUGUGCAUGCGCGACUUCGUGGCCCACUACAACGGCUGGAUCUGGGGCCACCAGGGCCCGCAGCUGCUCACGCGGGUCUUCAAGAAGUGGUGCUCCAUCCGCAGCCUGGACGAGAGUCACGCCUGCCGCGGCGUCACCGCCCUGCCCUGCGAGGCCUUCUACCCCAUCCCCUGGCAGGACUGGAAGAAGUACUUCCAGGAGGUCAGCCCCGAGGAGCUGCACCGGCUGCUCAAGGCCACCUACGCUGUCCACGUGUGGAACAAGAAGAGCCAGGGCACGCGCCUUGAGGCCACGUCCCAGGCGCUGCUGGCCCAGCUCCAUGCCCGCUACUGUCCCACGACGCAUGAGGCCAUGAAGAUGUACUUGUGAGGGGCCCGCCGGGCCACCCUCCCCGCACCACCAGGCGCCCUGACGGAGAAGGGCUCCCGGCCACCUUUCCUGGUGCGGGCGAGACUGGGGGGCCCGGGAGAGGGAGGCCGGAGUUGCCGCAGCCUCGGAUUCGGGCAGGCUUGGGGGAGCGUGGGGAGCUGUUGGCCCCAGAGGUGUGCUGGAGGAUGCGCUGCAGGCCCCCGGAUCCACUCCCUUCAGGGUGAGGCCGGUGGGACACCCCCAGGCCGGUGUGCUUUCUCAGGGUGGAGGCAACAAGUGGGGGGGGGCAGCCGGAAUCAGCUGGAGUGAGCCAGGGGAGCAUCUGGGUCUUUCGGACAACACACCAGAGCCGUGCGCGUCAAAGCAGCUUCCAGGACGUCACAGGGAGGCCUGGCUGCUGGGGGCCGAGGUGCCCACAAAGAGAACAUGGAUGGAGAAGCCCCAGAACAGGGGUAGGAAGGAGAGGGGAGCUCCUGAGGAAAGGGGGGAGGCCGCAGGGGUGCACGCCCAGCCUCAUGAGCCUGGGUUGGGGGGGCAGGGUGCUUUGCUCUUCUCUGCCUUUGGUUUCUUCUUCAGAGGAGCGGGCCUGGGGAGCCCUCUGCGGGAGGCUUGCCUGCUCGCCCCGUUCUCUCUCCUUUCCAGAGACGUUGCAGGGGUGCCGUGUGCCGGCCGGCCACUCCAGUUCUUUUGGCUCAGGAAAAGCAUUUUAAGAAAACCACCCCCCCCCCCCCCCCCCGCCCACAAUAAACACGGGAUAAUAAACAUAAUAAAAGCAACUCCUUGACACCGAGUGCUUGGUGGUUGAUAAAAGGAAUCCACUCCCACAAGCCCGCAUUAGCCCCAUUCUGGAGAUGGGGAAGCAGCUGGAGGGCCGUGUCAUGACAUGCUUGAGGUCACUCAGCCCUGCCCGGGAGAGCAGUCCAGGGACCCGGGGGGUGGGGGUGGGUUGGGGGGCCGAGCCAGACACCCCAGGAGCCCAUUACCAGAGUAGGGGCAUGCUGCCCCCAGGCCUAGAGUAGAGGGGGAGGUGUCAGGCCCUGUGGGGUCCCUCCUGGCCCAGAUCCUGGGAAAGACCAGAGGUGUACUGGCAGCCACAGGGCUGGGCUGGAGGAAAAUGCUCUCUGCCAGGUGCGGCCCCAGCUGGUUCAUGCUGAGGAAGCCCUCUCUGAGAGCUGGGCAUUCUAGCCAGGCUGGAGAAACCCUUCCCUGAGGGAGCAGGGGUGGUCAGGCUGCUCUUUGGCAGCCAAGGGGGAGAUGUUUAGAGACCUCUGGGUUCUGACCUUCUUGGGCAGCCUAGUUAGGAAGUGAGCUCCCCAGCUCUAAGGGUAUUCAAGAACAGGUGAUAUUUUGAUGACGACAAUGGAUUCCAUGUCAGGUAUUUCUCUAACCACAACAUCAUUCACCCGUUUUUUAAAAAUAUUUUAUUUAUUUGAGAGAGGGAGUGAAUGAGAGAGAGAGCACACAAGCAGGGGGAAGGGACCAAGGGAGAGGGAGAAGGAGGCUCCCCGCUGAGCAGGGAGCCCAACCCAGGCCUCCAUCCCAGGACCCUGGGAUCAUGAACUGAGCCAAAGGCAGACGCUUAACCGACUGAGCCACCCAGGCGCCCUAACUAUAUAUACUUAAGCAAGUAAGACAGCUGCCCCCAUAGGCUCAAGCCUUGUGUAAUCAGUCACUUGGCCAUGGCAUGUGAGUGCCUACUAGGCACGAGCGUGCAGAGAGGACAGUGUCACCUGCUCACCCUCAGUGCCUCUAUGGUUCCCUAUUGCCUAACUUGGGCUGGAUUACAGGUCCGCCGUGGUCCUGCCCUCUCCAGCCUUGGGCAUUGCCCUGCACUCACGCUUAACUGCAUAAUUUUUUUUUUCUUCCCCAGAGAGAAAGAGCCCGUACUUGCUUGGGAGUGAGGGGGCAGGGGCAGAGAGAAUCUUUUUUUUUUUUUUAAAGAUUUUUAUUUAUUUAUUUGACAGAGAGAGACAGUGAGAGAGGGAACACAAGCAGGGGGAGUGGGAGAGGGAGAAGCAGGCCUCCCGCGGAGCAGGGAGCCCGACGCGGGGCUCGAUCCCAAGACCCCGGGACCAUGACCAGAGCCGAAGGCAGACGGCCAACGACUGAGCCACCCAGGCGCCCGAAUCUUAAGAAUCUUAAUCUUAAUCUUCCCUCCAGGAAGCCUUCUCUGACUGCCCUUCUUCCAGCCCCACAGCUCCUAAGCAUCUCCCUUGACUAUUGGGUUCUUGACCUGUUUCCCCAAAGAUCUUGAAGGGCAGAGCCAUGCCAAAGCCCUCUCAGGGCUAUUCCUGGGUUUGGUCUCAGGCUCCCAGCGGGGCGCAUCCGUGUCACUUUGAGCAGGGGACUUCAAGGAGUUCCCAGCAGUCCAUGCAGAGCUGAGGGACCGACUCUGGACCAACUCUGGGAGCAUCAGCAAGAUCACUGGGCCCUUGGCCACCCCUGACACCUUCUAACGCAGGGAGCCUGGCCAGGCUGGAGUAGCCGAAGCCAGUUCUGUCGGAACACAGCUUGGCCAAAUGUUUACAGACCUUCUCAGAGGACCUCAUUCUGGAAAUGGGGCCCAGAAGGGAGCCUUGGCCCCAGACUCUCCUCACAUCAUGCCAGGCAGGGCCAAGAAUGGGAGAAGUCUCAGAUGUUCCUGGCAUCCUUUCUCUGAGGAAGUGAGCAGGCGGGGGAAUGCAGGGGGGCACAGAAGUGACUUUUCCUCUCUCAUGUUUCACGAAGGACCCUCCAUCCAUCAGCCUGACAGUUGGGAGGGGGAGGGCUGCACCUCGCUGAGCCUGCCCCACGCCUAGCCUCUUAAUGCAUCAGAUAGAAACCAGUCAGGAUCCCCCUGGCCAGAAAUAACAGCAGCAUCCUGGAGAAAAGAGGCUGAGGGGAUGGGUGUGGGCGGGCAGAGGGAAGGUGGAAAGGCUGAUUCAUCUCCCAGCUGUGGGGCCACAAAGUGCCACCCUCACCACCCAGCCCUGCGGACCCCAGCCUCUGCCCAUCCUGGUGGAGUGUUCUUGGCCCUCUUUUGGUCUGGGAGGAAUCGUCCUAAUGCCCAGGGCAGAGCAGGGGAGCGUGAGGAUCCCCCUUGCUGCCUCCUGGCCUCUGUGCCCUGGCCAGGGCCGUGCCUUGUUGCCUCUUGGGCAGAAAUGUAUGGGACCAGCCUCCUCGCAUGGUUGUGGCGAUUGAAUGGGCCAGCAGGGCACCUGGCACGGAGUACAGUAUAUAUAACACCCCCCAAAUGCUAUGUGGGGAAACUGAGGCUUAGCCAGUACGGGGUGGCACUGAGAUUUGAACCCAGCCCUGAGCGGUCCUGAGGCCCGAGCUCCAGGCAGGAAGGAGGCAGGCUGCAGGAGCUGGAGAGGGUUCUUCCUGACCUCCCUGUGCAACAUCCACAGACCAGAGCACCAUCCCCCCCCCCCCCCACACACACACCCCUUCCUGGUUCCUCUGCCUCUCCCCCAUUCCAUUGAGACCCUGUGCUUGGUGCUGUCCCAUCCCAAGCUCGCAGUUGCCUGAUGCUCUGGCAACCUUGGGCUGCCCCCCUUCAUGGUAGGAGCCGGAACAUUUGCUGGGCAACUGAGUUCUCCAGUUCUCGGAAAAGAGAAAAGAAGGGCCGGCUCCAGUGGAAGUCCUACCCUGGGGACAGUAAUCAGAUCCUAGGAACCCUGUGGUUUGUUUCUGGCGGGUGCAUUUACAGAUGUUUUUGUCUGGGAGUUGGGGAAGAAGAUGAGGACCCAUCCCUUCAUGGGGGCUUCAACAAGGGGCCCAGCAGGGCCUGAGGCAGGUGUGUUGUCGAUAAUUGAAUGAACCUUCCCAGCUGACCAAGCACAGGCCUGGAGGGCAGUAGCCUGCCCAGCAGCGCUGGGGUGAGGGAAUGCUCUCCCUUGCCUCUGUAUCAAUACUCAACUUCUUGUUCAAAUAUUACAUUGGGGAGCGCCUGGGUGGCUCAGUCAUUAAGCGUCUGCCUUCGGCUCAGGUCAUGAUGCCAGGGUCCUGGGAUCAAGCCCCGCAUCGGGCUCCCUGCUCCGCGGGAAGCCUGCUUCUCCCUCUCCCACUCCCCCUGCUUGUGUUCCCUCUCUCGCUGUGUCUCUCUCUGUCAAAUAAAUAAAUAAAAUCUUUAAAAAAAAAAUAUUACAUUGGAAUGUCCUCCAUCUAAAUGACUAACAAAGACAAAGGAUGAGUGAGUAACUAAGAAGUGUGUUCCUGGAAGUCUGGCUUCAUGGUUCACUUGUUCCUAAAUCUCUGCUAGUCCUAAUAGGGGCAGCCCAGUGCAAGGCAUGCUGGGAAUUCCUCUGUGAGGUCCGGGCUUGAGACUGGACACAGCUUUUGGGACCUGACAACCGGCCGUGGACUCAAGGGUGAUUGGGCUAUGGGGGAAGGAGCACCCACUUUCCUGGGCAAGGGGCCACAUAGGAGGGAACCAAGGUGGUUGGGUGAGACUGAACUGUGGAGGGGAGGUCCCCAAACAGGAAGACAUUCAUCACAGCCGUGGUCCACCACCAACACAAAUCAGAACCCAGCCCCCAUCCCCACCAAGUUCCAACGAGAGAAACAAGAUCUGAGAGGGGGCCUCUGGCUGCUAGAAACAACGCAGGGUGAUUUAAACCACAAGGGCAUUUAUCGUCCCACAUGAUGUAUCAGUUAAGGUACCCAGGGAGCUGCUAUAAUGAAAAAACUCCAAAAGAGAGUUGCCUAAAGAAGGCAGAAGAGGGGCGCCUGGGUGGCUCAGUCGGUUAAGCGACAGCCUUCGGCUCAGGUCAUGAUCCUGGAGUCCCGGAUCGAGUCCCGCAUCGGGCUCCCUGCUCGGCAGGGAGUCUGCUUCUCCCUCUGACCCUCCCGACCCUCCCCCCUCUCAUGCUCUCUGUCUCUCAUUCUCUCUCUCUCAAAUAAAUAAAUAAAAUCUUUAAAAAAAAAAAAAAGAAGGCAGAAGAUUGUUCCUCUCUCACGUCACAGCCCCCAGGUGAGUACUCCGAGGCCCAUGGGGCCGCUCUGCCAUCCCCCAGAUGGGGCAUCUAAAAGGCUCCAGCUGCUGCCAUUUUCCAGCUAGUAGGAAGGGGGGGAGAGAGGGCCCAGGGCCACCGGCUUUAAUCCAGAAGUUUGCGUACACUCCUGCUCACAUCCCAUUGGCCUGGACUUAAUCACUUGGCCACACCCAGCUGCCAAAGCUGGUCUGAAGCUGGGGGGUCAAACAGCCAGCUAAAACUCAUCCUGUUCUAUUCCUAAACAGAUGGCAGGAAAAAUGGACCCAAGAGAACAGUUAGCAGUGUCUGUCACAUAACCAGGAGUCUGGCGACAGAGUGCCUCUAGGGUUGGUUAAGUCAGUAGCUCAUCGACAUCUUCAUAUCUUCAAGGAUCUCAUGAGUUGAUUUUUGGUCUCAAGCUCGUCCCCUCAUGACUCCAAGAUUGUCGCCCCUGCUCCAAGCAUCAUACCCUCAUGCACUAAUCAAAAAGGCAGAGUAGAGAAUGUUCCUCCCUUGUGUCUGGGAAAACUUUCUCAGAAGACCCCUUCUCCAGCUGACUUCCCCUAACUUUCGUUGGCCAAAUAAGCAGCAUGUGCCCAUUCCUACCCCGAUUACUAGCAAAGGGAGUCCAAAUGCUCAGGGCAGAGCAGGGGAGCACAAGGAUCUGUCUUCCCUGCCUCCUGGCCUCUGUGCCCUGGCCAGGGCUAUGCCUUGUUGCCUCUUUUGAAGAAAUGGAUGGGACCAAGGACUGGCUUAGACCAAUUGAGAUUUACCCCCAAGGCCUGGGAAGGGUGCCCCACUUCCUUCCCAAUACAAGGCCACCUGAUGGCGGAACAAAAUCAGGGUUCCCCUAGCAAGAAAGAAGAGGGGGAGGUAUGGCUGUGGGUAAGGAGCCUCCAUGGGAACUGUACUUCCUGCCCACCUGCUCUGCCCCAAGACCCGCAGUAGACACUUUCCUGCACCUGAUUUCAUUCACCUCACCCCUGUGAGGAGGACUCCAGCUGCAAUUUAUAUAUGAGGGAAUGGAGACUCAGAGAGGUUAGGGGACCUGCCUCAGGCCACACAGCCAAUAUGUAGCAAAGCUCAGUUCCAGCCCCAAUGGGAGGAUGAGCAGAACGGUAGCUCAGAGGAGACUUGAACGUGUAGAACUCUAGAGCCAGGCCCCUCCCACUGCAGGAUGGCCCAGCGCAAGUCCUGUGACAGGGCCUUCUUAGUUCCAUGACCAGAAAAAUAAGAUCUUAGGAAAUAUUUUGUGAUGAUAUAAAUGGCGGAGUAUUUUUGCAGAGACUCCGGGUUUGAUUCUUUUUUUUAAAGAUUUUAUUUAUUUAUUUUGACAGCAAGAGAGGGAACACAAGCAGGGGGAGUGGGAGAGGGAGAAGCAGGCUUCCCGCUGAGCCAGGAGCCCGAUGCGAGGCUCGAUCCCAGGACCCUGGGAUCAUGACCUAAGCCGAAGGCAGACACUUAACGACUGAGCCACCCAGGCGCCAUCGUAAUUGAAUGAAUGCACGCUUUACAGUACCUGAAGGCUCUUUGCAAAAUCAUUUUUUUGUAUCUGUUUUAUUAGAUGCCGUGCACAAUUUUACUCUUUUGGCCUCUCACUCAUUCCAUGACUGGUUGGUGUUGAGACCAUUGGAAGAUUCAUUAAUUAUGAAGGAAAUUAAUCUGUUAGGGUUCAUUUCAAUUGUAAACAGCGACAACAAACGUGACUUAGAGGUUACUUUCUCGCUUGCGAAGAAGCCCAAGGCGGGCAGCCCAGGAAUGGUGUGGCAGUGCCGCGGAGUCCAUGAGCCAGGUCCCCAUCAGCUUGAGGUUCCACCACCCUCAACACAUGGGUUCUGCCUUACAGUCCAAGAUGGCUGCUCAAGUGUCAGCAUCACAUAUGCAUUCCAGCCGGAAGGAAUAAGGAAGGAUUGAAGCGGGACACUCUCUGCCCAUCAGAGGGAGUCCCCCAAAGUGGCAUAUGAUAUUUACACCUCAUAGCAUUUGUAAGAACUUAGGCAUAGGACAAUGUAGCUGCAAACAAGGAGUUGCCCUGUGAUACCAUCUCUUUGUAGCCUCGGCACCCACGGGGCUGGGACAGCCCUGCGGGCUUGUUCUGAGUUGGGGCAAAGGGCUGGGUCCUUACAGCCCAUGCUGAUUAGUCAUUGGAUGCAGGUUGGCCUCAGAAGCCAUGAUCCUAGGCAAGGCAGCUUUUUUUAGCCCCCAAAAAAGGCCAAGAACUGAGGACCAUGUUCCAGCCGCUCUCCUAGCAGCUGGGGAAUGAGUUCUUCAUUCCAGGAGGGGAACCUGGGCAGCUCCUCACAGCAUCCACCCCAAUCCUGUAAGAUUCCACUUAUGUGAUGCUCAGAGACCGGCCAAAUAAUCCAUGGUGUUAGAAGUCAGGAUCGUGGCGGCCCUUGGAGGGGCUUCGGGCUCCAGUUACCAUUUCUUCAUCGGGCGCUGGAUGCAUGGAGGUGGCACUUUGUGAACCCCCACUGACCGUACACGUAUGGUUUGUGUGCUUCCCUGAAAUAGCAAGACAGAGGCUGGGGGGUGGGGGCAGAGGGUUACAGAGGCUGUCGUGCUUCCGUGCAGGACAACGUGAGGGGCUGGGGGACAGCCUGGCUGCCGGCCCAGGAAUGGGAGAACGAGCCAACAAGAAUGAGAUGAGACUUGAAUGUGAGGGGCCCCUGGAGAGGUGGCUCCAGCUCCACAAUCACUCAGACUGAGCUGACACAAGGCCAUGGCCAGGGAUGCCUUAGAAAGGAUGAGCUGGCCCCAGGUGAGGGUGCCAAAUAAGGAGCCUGGGGGCCAAAGACCCAUUUUAGGGGGAUGCCCACCCCCAGAGAUGGGUCCUGGAGAAGCAGCUGGAGGAGGUGGAGAGAGGACCAGAAGCCAGCAGUGUCUGAGAAGUGAGCCCGGGUUGGGGAAGGGAGAGUCCUUCUGGAGUUCACAGAGGCCCCCAGUGUUAACAGCUGGGGCCCUCGGAGCCCCCAAGCAGGCAGUGCCAGGCCCUCUCCCUUCGGGCACAGGCAGGGAACAGGAACACCUGCCCAUUUAGGAAGAGGGUUGGCAGCAAUCAGGGAGGCCUUGCAGGGAUCCCAGGCGGAGGAGGCCCUGGCAGAGCUACUGGAGACUUGGCCAGGUCCCUGCUGUCAGAGCAGAGGACAGGCAGGGAGCCAAGGCAGCCCCGGCUGCAUGGUAUGGAGGAUGGAACCAGGCCGAGGGGCAACGGUGGGAUAGGCCUCCAGAUCAGCCACGAGGGGAAGGGCUAGGCUGGGCCCUGGGAUUUGAGGCCUUUGGGACAUUCACCCCAAAUAUUACCUUAGGAAAUCGAAAGAGUUAGUUAGGGGUGUGCAAAUCAUACUCGAUAGAGACCCCUUGAAAGGCUGCUUUGCAGCGUAGUGGGAAGAAUUGUGUUCCUGGGCUACAAACUUUCUGUGGGACUUGAGAAACUCACAUCCUCUCUGAGCCCCAGUUUCUUCAUCUGCAAAGUGGGGGCAGGAGACCAAGGAGCCUUUAAAGCAGAUUCUGGCUCUAAAAUCCCCAAACAAAUGAGAAACUUCAAGGGGCCUCAGGGGCUAGAGCUGGGAUGUG